GAUCAUAUUACAGCUUUGGGAUACUCCAUAGAAGUCUCAAAUUCAUCUGCAACCAAUGUCCUAGUUUCAUAUACAACGCAUAUUUUCUGUGCUUCCUUACAGUCCUCCUUCGUUCAGGCUAUCUUGGGUGAGCUACCGCUGAGUGCAGGAUCCAUCCACCGAUCUGCGAGCGUCGCCUACCUUUCUCAGAUUCCAUGGAUCUUCACUGGUACAAUCCGCGAAAAUAUACUCUGCGGACAGCCUCUCAACAACGACCGCUACGCUUUGGCUAUUCGCGUCUCUGCCCUUGAAGCAGAUUUGGUCAAAUUUCCCAACGGCGAUAAGACGGAGGUAGGUGAGCAUGGGCUGACACUGAGUGGAGGUCAAAAGGCUCGAGUAGCGCUGGCCCGAGUGGCAUAUACUGACGCUGCUGCCGCUGCUCUCGUGAUCCUCGACGAUCCUCUUGCUUCCGUUGACCCCGGCGUCGGUGCUCAUAUCUUCACAGACUGCUUACGCGAAUACAUGCGCGAUCGCCUUUGCCUCUUCACCACCAAUCAGCCGCAUCUCCUUCCUGAAUGCGAUCUCAUCGUCGUCUUGAGUGGAGGUCAUUUGGAGGUCUCGGGAACCUACGAUCAAUUGGUUGCAGAGGGGUUUGACUUUAUCUCUCUCACAGCGAGGGAUGACGAGAAGGUGGCCGAGGUCUCUCUCGAUGACUCCAGCUUAUUUAGUGAUAAAGCGAGAAUUGACGAAAGCCUCCCUCCAUAUCUUACGGAUAUCGAUAACAUUCAGACAGGACUUGGUUCCGUCAUGCAGUUUUUUUUUGUUUAUUUAGCUUACAGUCCGGUGCUGGGCCAAUUGAUGGUGACCCUGGAGGGCCUGGCGUGCGUGCGGGCGGCGCGAGGCGAGGAUGCACAGCUGACGCAGUUUCACUUUCUCAUGGAUGAGCAUACACGUGCUUACCAUUUCACCUUUGCUGCCUCUCGAUGGUCCUGCUUCCGCAUGGACGCCGUGUGCAUAGUCUUCCUCGCUAUCGUCACCGCUCUCUGCAUAGUCGUCGGCAUCACUGGCGGUCAUUUUCCUCCUCUUCCUCUAUUCAUUGCCUCACAGCCUUGUCAAUUUAUCGAAAUAAUGGUGUCCGUAGAGAGGAUGCGGGAAUACAUUGAUCUCGAACCGGAAGAACAGCCUUCAGUUAUUGAGAACACUAUUACUCACCUUCCUUACCUGAAGGUUUCCUCUGAGUGGCCUUCAAAAGGAGCAAUCACAUUUGAAAAUGUGUGCCUUAGGUAUCCAGAUGAACGUAACUGGGCUUUGUGGAAAAUCACUUUCACUAUCAAACCUGGAAGCAAGGUGGGUAUAAUAGGCCGCACAGGGGCGGGUAAAACUUCGCUCAUAUCGCUCCUCUUCCGCCUCUUCGAGAUCCAACGUGGGCGGAUUCUCAUCGAUGGAGUAAAUACUUCCCAGCUUCACCUUGCUGAUCUGCGCAGACGCAUCUCAAUCAUACCCCAAAAUCCUCUACUUUUCUCCGGUACUGUUCGAUGCAAUCUGGAUCCAGAGGGUGCUUGUUCAGAUGAGCAGUUGUGGGAUGUCCUGAGCAUGGUUCGAUUGAAGGAAACUUUCAAGAAAUCAGAUAAAGGUCUGAGCAGUGAAAUAACUACUAGCGGGUUGAAUCUCAGCACCGGUCAGAAGCAGCUCUUUUCUCUGGCUAGAGCGCUUCUCCGUGGUAACAAAAUCCUCCUGAUUGACGAGGCUACGGCAAACGUCGACCCCGAGUGCGUGACGGAUGCUUUGGUGCAGGAGUCUAUCCGUGCAAACUUUGCUUCGAACACAGUGUUGAUAAUUUCCCACAGGCUUCGUAAUGUAAUAGAUUUGGAUGAAGUAAUGGUGAUGGAGAGUGGUCGCAUAAUUGAACGUGGUGCACCCUACGCCCUUUUGGAUCCAAUUGGGGCUGCUGAUGCCCUUCAGCGCGGUGGCAUCGCCUUGGCGGAUACGGCAUCCAUAUUAGUAGGAGAAGUUCAUAGUUGGAAAACAUGA